GCAAGGACUUGGACUUGACAAACUGUGAGAAAUGUCUGUAACAGUAACGUUAACAACAACCACCACUUUCAAUCCUGUCUCCUCCUUCUAUACCCUGCAGCAUACCCUUUUCCCUAUUUCCACCAAUUUCCCAGUUGUUUAUAAUUCUCCAUUGAGAUAUAAUGGUGCAAAACUUCUGGGUUUUGUUCCUCAUGCUAUUACCUCACAAGACCAAGGAGUUUUGGAUUCUGAACUACAUUCUGUACUUCAAUUAGCUACUGGCUCUGAACUAUAUGAGGUGGAAAGAAUUCUUUUUGGCACAAGUUACUUUAGUCCAUUGUUAAAGUCCAUAGCAAAGCCAUCCAAUAUCGAUUAUGUCAUGAUUGAGGAAGACCCCAAAGAGAGAGAAGAGUUUAUUAGCAUAUUGGAAUCAAGAUUCUUCUACCUCGCAGCUGAUGCUCGAUCUUCAUUGAGGGGUUGGCGGCCAACAUAUAGGAGUGUUUUGCUUGGUGUGAGAAAAGAAUUAAAAAUACCUUGUUCAACAAAAUUGUCAACCGAAGAUUUGGAAAUAGAGAUUUUCCUUCAUUUGUUGCAGGAAUACUCUAGUGAAGGUUCGGGAAGCUUAAAACGUGCUUCUAAUAGUCAUGGCAGUCUAGAAGUUGGCUUAAGUUCAUGGAAGUUACAAGCUUUUGCUGCUUUAGGACGUGGGGCAGAAGAGUUUUAUGCAACAAUUCUGAAGGGCGGAGGUAUGCUUACUUUGGGAAGACUAUACAAUUUGAUAUCAAGAAAAUUAUCAGGAAAGGUUUUCUUGGAAGCAGCCAACUAUCAAAUAAAGAAGGAAGUUCUCAAGGAGGGUGGACGGCUGGCAGCUAUUAACUUGGAAUCAAGGGCAGCUUUACUUGCAGCAAAGCAGGGGCUAGCUGGUGCAGCAUCCCGAUAUCUUGGCGUUAGGAGCAUAAUGGUGCUACUUGGUCCAAUGCUAUGGGGAACGUUUCUGGCAGAUGUUGUCAUUCAAAUGCUUGGAACAGAUUAUGCAAGAAUCUUGCGUGCAAUCUAUGCAUUUGCACAGAUCAGAAUCUCACGAACAUACAGGUUCCCUUCUGAUGGCAGCUGAGGAUACUCACUUUCUUCAGUGGUACCGUGUUGUAUCAUUAUGUGUACAUAGUUACAUACAUUGUUGUAGUAUGAGAUGCGGAUAGCUUAAACCAAAAAGUUCAGUUGUGUAUUUUGACCCUUAAGAUCGGCAUGAUCAAUAGAAUACUGUUUAUUCCA